AUGUCCAUGAACAGAGUUGCAUCAAUCGAUGCCGUUGUCGCCGCGGGUCCCGAUCUCGCCGUCCGGCGCAGCUCCGAGGGCUCUCGCCGGCAACGAGCGCAGUCGCUAAGUUUCAACCCUUUCCCCGACUACUGGGAAUUCAGUGCCAGCCGGAAACCGAUAGAGUACGUGGCCGCCUACGAAGUUGCGAAAUGGAAGAGAAUAUUCCAAAUCGUGGUCACCCUGAUAUAUUCGCUGCUGGCCGCCGGCAUCAUCUUCGGCUACGCCGCCCUCAAACCCGUGCUACGGCAGGAGGGCGCCUACAGGGACGGCUGCGCCGCCAAGGGCGGCUCCGACCAGGAUGUCGACGUUUGCGUCGAGAUGCGCCUGAACCUCAUGUUCACAACCGCCGCCGUGGCCAGCAACCUGGCCACUCUGCCCAUGGGUGCCAUCCUCGACAACUACGGGCCCCGCGUCUCCAGCAUCGUCGGCAGCUUCCUCCUCGCCGCCGGCUCCCUCCUCAUGGCCUACUCCCAAGAACUGUCCAACGCCUUUCCCUCCCGCUCUGGCCUCAUCCUCUCCCUCAUCACUGGCUCCUUUGAUGCCUCCAGCGCCCUCUUCUACGUGUAUCGCAUCAUCUACGAACACACCGCCGGUUCCCUCACCAUCCGCACCUUCUUCCUCGGCUACCUUGCUGUACCGGCCGCCAUCAUGCUCCUGCAUCUCCUCGUCCUACCUCCCUUGCCUUACAAGUCCGUCGGCGAGCUCGUGUCCAUGCUCGAGGAGGAGUACGAGUCCGAUGGCUACUUUAGCGACGGCUCCAUCAGUCCCUUCUCCGACGGAGAUCAGGCCCCUCUUCUGCGCGGCGGCGGCAACCAAAACAAUGACCGCCGCUACGCCUCCAUUGCCACCGAGGUAGAGAACCUCUUGGGCUCCGUGCACAGUAUUCGCCGCGGUGAGCGGGCCACCGAGGUUUCGGGCGUCUGGGGCGCCAUGCACGGCGCCAGUGCCGCCCAGCAGAUCCGCUCCCCGUGGUUCAUCCUCAUUAGCCUCUUUACCAUUGUCCAGAUGACCCGCAUCAAUUACUUCAUCGCCACCAUCCGGCCCCAUACCUUCUCUGUCCUGUCCACCCUUGUAGCCGCCGCCACCGCCAUCGGCGCGCUUGGCGUCGUGCCUCGCGUUUGGGCCGCGUACGCAAACGUCGCUCUCUUUGUCAUCUACCGACCCCUCUACUACACCGCCAUCUCCGACUACGCCGCCAAGGUCUUUGGCCUCGACACCUUUGGCACCGUUUAUGGCGCCCUCAUCUCCCUCACCGGGCCCUUUAACCUCUCUCAAUACGUACUCGACUAUCUUUUCCACGUCAAGUUCGAUGGAGACCCCGUCCCCGUCGACCUCAUGCUUCUAUUCCUCGCCGCUGGUAUCGGUCUCGUCCUUGUUGGCUUUGUCUGGUGGGAGGGAAAAGGACUUCGCAGGGCUCUGUUGGAGCGGGAGGCCGAGGCUGCGUUUCAGCGGCCAAGCAUGUAG